GAAAUUUGAAUUUUUGACAACAAAUGCCACAAACAACAGUCUCCAUCGAAGCCAUUGUCCUCAUCUUUCAGAUCCACCCUCUAUCACAGUAUCCCGCAAAAACCCACCAUCUUCUCAGAGAUCUUCUGCACAACCAACGGCAGAGAUCUGUGGCCGAAGAAUCGCCGAGGGUCAAUCAAAAAAUUUCUGAAGAUCGAUCAACGCGGUGUUGAAUUACUCUGAAACCCAAAUCAAUAGAUCUUUCUAUAUUAAGUCCUUUUUUUGGGUGGUACAAGAAAGAAGCGAUGAAGACAUAACCACUCUUUAUGGGCAAUUGCUUUAUUGGUGGUGUACAGAGAUGCAGAGAAUAGCAAAGUACUCAUAAAUGGGUUUUGGGUUUUGGAGAGAAACACAGAGACCAAGUUCAUAUUCAAACUUCGUACACGUCGCUCCAGAAAAUUAAGAGAGAGAAAGAGAGAUUGAGAGAGACAGAGAGAGAGAGGGGGGAGUCCUUUCUGUCCUUUCCUUGUAGUGAGAGAAAGUGAAUUUUUAGAGAGAGAGAGAGGGAGGGGAAGGGUCGGUGGUGGUGCUUUUGAGCAGGGUUUUGUGAGCUUCUCAUUGGAGGGAGUGGAAAUUUGAGUGCUUUUGAAGGGAGUUCUUCACGAGGUAGUGUCAGAUAAAAAAAAUUCAAAAGGAAAAGAAACAGACUAUCUCUCUCUCACUCUCUCUCUCUCUAUUAUUAAGGUUAGGACCUUUUGUUAAUCUUUUUCACCACAACUCUGUUCUGUUCUCAUCACUUCUCUGCUUGCAACAUGUAAAGAUUCGAAGAUUUGUUGUGCAAUACUUUGUUUCUCUCUCUAGAGUUUAAAGUCCAGAGUUUUGGAGAGAGAGAGAAAUGGGGAAAGCAACUAGGUGGUUGAGGGGCUUCUUGGGGAUGAAGAAAGAGAAGGAAAAUGUGGAGAAUUCAAAUUCCGGCGACCGGAAAGAGAAGAAAAGGUGGAACUUUGGCAAGUCCGGGAGAGAUUCAGGGGUUGUGGGUAAGAUUCCGGCAAAUGUUCCGGCAACAAAUGACACUGCUUGGCUGAGAUCUUACUUUGCUGAAACAGAGAAGGAGCAGAACAAGCACGCAAUUGUGGUGGCGGCAGCCACCGCUGCCGCCGCUGAUGCUGCGGUGGCGGCAGCUCAGGCCGCCGUGGCGGUGGUGAGGCUCACUAGCCAAGGCAGAGGAGCUCUGUUUUGUGGUGGCAGAGAGAAGUGGGCUGCUGUCAGGAUUCAGACUGUUUUCAGAGGCUAUUUGGCAAGGAAAGCACAUCGAGCUCUAAAAGGACUGGUGAAGUUACAAGCUCUUGUUAGGGGCUACCUUGUUCGAAAACGAGCAACUGCGACUCUUCAUUGUAUGCAAGCUCUCAUACGAGCUCAGGCCACUGUUCGAUCCCAGAGAGCUCGUCGUCUGCUCAAAAAAGACAACAAAUAUCAACCAGAAAUUCGUGCCCGAAGGUCCAUGGGAAGAAUUGAUGAAACAUGGAGUGAAUUCCAUAGCAAGAGACUUUCAGCAUCUACAGAAAAUUCGCUAAGCGCGUUCGACGAAAGCCCCAAAAUAGUUGAAAUCGACACUUACAGGCCUAGAUCAAGAUCAUCACGUCGAAUGAACACAUUAAUGUCAGACUCUUGUGAAGACCCAUAUUACCAAACAGUUUCAUCACCCCUUCCCUGUCCAAUUCCCGCUCGUCUUUCCAUCCCCGAGUGCAGAAACCUUCCAGAAUUCGAUUGGGGCUUCAACGGCGAUGAUUACAGGUUCUCAACUGCUCAGAGCACGCCUCGUUUGGCAAAUUCGUACAGAUCAAAUGCUCCAGUCACGCCAGCGAAAAGCGUGUGCGGAGACAGCUUUUUCAGGCCAGAUUCCAACUUCCCGAACUACAUGACGAACACGCAAUCGUUCAAUGCGAAACUGAGGUCUCAUAGUGCUCCGAAGCAGAGGCCUGAACCGGGUUCUAAGAAGAGGCUUUCGCUGAAUGAAAUAAUGGCGUCGAGGAUGAGUUUGAGCGGUGUGAAGAUGCAGAGGUCUUGUUCUCAGGUUCAAGAAGCUUUAAAUUAUUGAGAAAAAAGUGUUUGAUCGAUAGAUUAUGAACAUGGAGAAGAAUAAGAGAAACUAACAUAUAAACCUUCUCCGAGCUUUUGUUUUUGCCACUUAGGGAUGACAAACAGUAGGAUAGAACAGAGUGCUUUGUGUAUAUUCUUAAAUCUUUGUUAUUUUAUUUUAUGAAUGGAAACUAGAGGGUUUCAUCUUUUGUUCUUUGUUGCUUAGAAAGUGUUUUUGAUUUUAUAGGUAUGAUUAAAAACAGUUGUGUUUUGAAUCAAUUUAUAUAUUUUUUGCCU